UUCCCAGCAUUAGGGAUGGAAAGAUAGAUGUGAAGUGUGGACAGGUAAGGAUCAGCUGAAACCCACAAGGACAAUGUGGAACCCGCUUGUUUCUCACUGCGACUUAUGUUGAUAUGUCACUGCCAACAAGGCUCUGACUCCCGGGAUGCUGGUACCUUGCGGAAGAGCUGGUGUACUUGCUACAGGAAGUUGGUAAAGAAUUCAGAGAAGCUGUGGGCCAAGCUAUUGCCCCAAGGAGAAUCGUCAGGGGCUGGAGGAACUGGCUUCUACUCCAUGCCAACAAGCUCUAACCGAGGAAUUGGACUCUGUGAACAACGAGCUACAUGCAGUAGACAUUCAAAUUCAGGAUCUUCUGGAAAGGCAACAAGAGCUUACUCAGAAAAGAAACACCCUAACAAAGAGAAUAAAGCAGUGUUUGGAAGAUUCUGAUGCUGGGGGAAGCAAUGAAUGUGAUUCUUCACCUGCCUCUUGGAAUAAAGAAGAUUUUCCAUGGUCUAAUAAAGUUAAAGAUGUUCUGCACAAUGUCUUUAAACUGGAGAAGUUCAGACGGCUUCAGCUCGAAACUAUUAAUGUAACAAUGUCUGGAAAGGAUGUAUUCCUUGUUAUGCCUACAGGAGGUGGAAAGAGCUUAUGCUACCAGUUACCAGCAUUAUGUUCAGAUGGUUUUACACUCGUGAUUUGCCCAUUGAUCUCUCUUAUGGAAGACCAAUUAAUGGUUUUAAAACAAUUAGAAAUUUCAGCUACCAUGUUAAAUGCUUCUAGUUCUAAGGAGCAUGUGAAAUGGGUUCAUGCUGAAAUGGUAAAUAAAAACUCCAAGCUAAAGCUAAUUUAUGUGACUCCAGAGAAAAUUGCAAAAAGCAAAAUGUUUAUGUCAAGACUAGAGAAAGCCUAUGAAGCAAAGAGACUUACACGAAUAGCUGUGGAUGAAGUUCACUGCUGUAGUCACUGGGGUCAUGAUUUCAGACCUGAUUAUAAGGCACUUGGUAUCUUAAAGCGGCAGUUCCCGAACACAGCACUGAUUGGGCUGACUGCAACUGCAACAAGUCAUGUUUUGAAGGAUGCUCAGAAAAUAUUGUGUGUUGAGAAGUGUUUUACUUUUACAGCUUCUUUUAAUCGGCCAAAUCUUUAUUACGAGGUUCGUCAAAAGCCUUCAAACACUGAAGAUUUUAUUGAGGAUGUUGUAAAGGUCAUUAAUGGGAGAUACAAAGGGCAAUCAGGAAUCAUAUAUUGUUUUUCUCAGAAGGACUCUGAGCAAGUUACAGUUAGUUUACAGAAAUUGGGAAUUCGUGCAGGUGCAUACCAUGCCAAUAUGGAACCAGAAGAUAAGACCAAGGUUCAUACAAGAUGGUCAGCCAAUGAAAUUCAGGUAGUGGUAGCAACGGUUGCAUUUGGUAUGGGAAUUGAUAAGCCAGAUGUGAGAUUUGUUAUUCAUCAUUCAAUGAGUAAAUCUAUGGAAAAUUAUUACCAAGAGAGUGGACGUGCAGGUCGAGAUGACACGAAAGCAGACUGUAUUUUAUACUAUGGCUUUGGAGACAUAUUCAGAAUCAGUUCAAUGGUGGUGAUGGAAAAUGUGGGGCAACAGAAGCUUUAUGAGAUGGUGUCAUACUGUCAAAACAUAAGCAAAUGUCGCCGUGUAUUGAUAGCUCAACACUUUGAUGAAGUAUGGAACUCAGAAGCGUGUAACAAAAUGUGUGAUAAUUGCUGUAAAGACAUUUCAUUUGAAAGAAAGAAUGUAACAGCCUACUGCAGAGAUCUAGUCAAAAUCCUGCAGCAGGCAGAGGAAAUGAAUGAAAAGCUCACGCCACUAAAACUGAUCGAUUCUUGGUUGGGAAAGGGAGCAGCAAAAUUGAGAGUAGCAGGUGUUGUUCCUCCCACACUACCUCGUGAAGACCUGGAGAAAAUCAUUGCGCACUUUCUUCUGCAGCAGUAUCUUAAAGAAGACUACAGUUUUACAGCUUAUGCCACCAUUUCGUAUUUGAAAAUAGGACCUAAAGCUAAUCUUCUGAACAAUGAGGCACAUGUUAUUACUAUGCAAGUAAAGACGUCCACACAGACCUGUUUCAGGAUUGAAUCAUCUCAAACUUGUCAUUCUGAAGGCUCUGAUAAAAAGAGGGAAGAAAAAAAUUCGAGUAACUUACAGAAGAGAUCUGCAAACAUGCUUCAGCAAUCUGAUUCUAAGAAUAGAGGGGCUAAGAAAAGAAAAAUUGAUGAUGCAUGAGUGUUUCUAAAUUUUCCAAGAAAAUAACGUUU